CAUCAUUCUCCUUAGUUUACGGAUCGGAUGUCGCCUGCUGCGGAAUUUGUCCACUUUUAGAAACACGGUGACCUUCAAGGAUUGGAUGUCGCUUGUUACGAAAUUUCUCCACAUUUAGAAUCAUGGUGACCUUGUGAAGGUUAAAAAAUAGCCGACGUUAGGAGCAGUUAGGUGUGUGUACAGAUAGUGAUUAACAUCUUCAUUUUCACAACAGGUGGAAAAAGCAAGUGCACUAAUAAACAUGAGCCGAAAAUUCUGGGUUGGUGGCAACUGGAAAAUGAACGGAGACAAGAAGGGAAUAGAAGAAAUUGCAAAUUUUCUAAAAGCCGGGCCUUUGGAUCCUAAUGUUGAGGUUGUGGUCGGCGUGCCGGCAAUCUAUUUAGAAUACACAAAAAAUCUGCUCCCACCAAACGUUGUAGUCGCUGCACAGAAUUGCUACAAAGUUUCAAAAGGAGCAUUUACUGGUGAAAUUAGCCCUGCCAUGCUAUCUGAUAUUGGUGUGAAAUGGGUUAUUUUGGGACAUUCAGAAAGAAGGCAUAUUUUUGGUGAGACUGAUGAAUUGAUCGCAGAGAAGGUGGCCCAUGCACAGGAGUCUCGUUUAAAUGUAGUUGCUUGCAUUGGAGAGAAGCUUGAGGAGCGUGAGGGAGGAGAGACGGAAGAGGUGGUGUUUAGUCAAAUCAAGGGAAUUGCAGAGGUGGUCGUUGACUGGACCAGAAUUGUCAUCGCAUAUGAACCAGUGUGGGCUAUUGGUACAGGACAAACUGCCACUCCACAGCAAGCACAAGAGGUUCAUGGGAUACUGAGAGACUGGCUCAGAAAGCAUGUGUCGGAUAAAGUCGCCAAUGAUAUUCGUAUUGUGUACGGGGGUUCUGUAACAGGGGCCAACUGUGUAGAGCUGUCCAAGGAACCUGAUAUUGAUGGAUUUCUUGUUGGAGGUGCUUCACUGAAGCCAGAAUUUGUUCAGAUAAUCAAUGCAAAGCAAUAACUCCAUAAAUAGUGAUGACCAUACCUCAGAAAUGUAGCAUACUCAUCAGUUUAUGAACAGGAGUCAAGAUGCAUGGCUUGAAAUAUACACUUUCACUGUUGUGUGCGCAGAAAAUGUUGUAUAGAUCCAACACAAUUGCAGAGUUGUACAGCUAAUAAGAGUAUGUCAGUUUUAAGUAAUAGUUCUUUCAGAAGACAAUACAUACUAAUAUUAUGUAUACUCAAAGUUUGACAGUGUAAGGUUUGACACUAAUUUCUCUGAGACAUGCUACUGAAUUAACCUUUUGCUUCUUAAAAAUGUGGUAGCAGAAGUACAGCUAAGUAAAAGUAUGUCAGUUUGAAGUUAUAGAUCUUUCAGACGACAGUACAUACUAAUAAUAUGUAUACUCAAAGUUUGACACUAAUUUCUCUGAGACAUGCUGCUGAAUUAACCGUUUGCCUCUUAAAAAUGUGGUAGCAGAAGUACAGCUAAGUAAAAGUAUGUCAGUUUGAAGUUAUAGUUCUUUCAGACGACAGUACAUACUAAUAUUAUAUAUACUCAAAGUUUGACACUAAUUUUUCUGAGACAUGCUGCUGAAUUAAUCUUUUGCCUUUUAAAAAUGUGGUAGCAGAAGUUAUUUUAGAACCGUUGUGCAUAGGACUGUAGGAAUGAGGGCCAUUGCCUUUUUGAGAAAAUGGCAAGCAGUUUCACCUCUCCCUGGAAACUUUGUGGUUUAUUGAGAAUGGGUUUUCUUAUUCUUUGAGCCUGUUGAUAGUAAUGGUAUAUAUAUAUAUAAAUUGUCAGCUGUGCAGCAAGAGCUCUCCGUUUGAGUUCUUAACCUCAAAUUUCGACAAUCCCUACAUUAUAUAUGUAAGUUACAGAAAUUUAUAUAAAUGUGUACUUUUCUUCCAAUAAAAUGCCAUUUUCAGGUUAUUUUAAUCCUACCUGUACCAACAGAGGCACUUAAUUGGUAAGAUAUAAAGUAGGCAUUUAUAUUUAAAAUCAUGUAUAUUCUUCAGAAUUCCAUUACUUUAUUUCUAUUAAUCAUUAAUUGUCAAUGCAGGUGUGUAACUGUAGGAAGAAAAUGCACUGCCAUAUUGAGUAUUCUGUAUGUAGAAAUUGGCUGCUCUUAGAAUGUUGUGUAUUUUGUAUGGGGUGUGUCCAAAGACUUAAAUGGAAACUCGUAUAAUAAAAUUUUUGGAGACAUUCAAACUUU